AGUCGGAGAGCGGCGGGCUGGCGGACGGGCGGCGGGGCUGCGCGGGCAGCGCGCAGGGGGCAUGGCGGGUGCGGGACUGCGGGCCGCCGCGCGGCGCUGGCUGCUGUGCGGAGGCCACGGCGGGCAGCGAGCCGCCUCGUCCUCACCCUCCUGCCCUGGCUGCGGCCCGCCGGGUCCCAGCGCCCACUGCCCCGGCGCUCCGCGCCCCGCUCCGGCGCCCACCGACGGCGCGGAGCCCAGCGCGCACCUAUGGGCUCGUUACCAGGACAUGCGGAGGCUGGUGCACGACCUUCUGCCCCCUGAGGUUUGCAGCCUCCUCAACCCAGCAGCCAUCUAUGCCAACAAUGAGAUCAGCCUGCGUGAUGUGGAGGUCUAUGGCUUCGAUUAUGACUACACGCUGGCCCAGUAUGCGGAUGCACUGCACCCUGAGAUCUUCAGUGCCGCCCGGGACAUCCUGAUUGAGCACUACAAGUACCCAGAGGGGAUUCGAAAGUAUGAGUACAACCCCAGCUUUGCCAUCCGUGGCCUCCACUAUGACAUUCAGAAGAGCCUUCUGAUGAAGAUUGAUGCCUUCCAUUAUGUACAACUGGGGACAGCCUACAGGGGCCUCCAGCCUGUGCCAGAUGAAGAAGUGAUCGACCUAUAUGGGGGCACCCAGCACAUCCCACUGUACCAGAUGAGUGGCUUCUAUGGCAAGGGCCCCUCCAUCAAACAGUUCAUGGACAUCUUCUCACUGCCAGAGAUGGCACUGCUGUCCUGUGUGGUAGACCACUUCUUGGACCAUGGCCUGGAGUUUGACCAAACACACUUGUACAAGGAUGUGACGGAUGCCAUCCGAGAUGUGCAUGUGAAGGGCCUCAUGUACCAGUGGAUUGAGCGAGACAUGGAGAAGUAUAUCCUGAGAGGGGACGAAACAUUCGCAGUGCUGAGCCGCCUGGUGGCCCAUGGGAAACAACUAUUCCUCAUCACCAACAGUCCUUUCAGCUUUGUGGACAAGGGGAUGCGGCACAUGGUUGGUCCUGAUUGGCGCGAACUCUUCGAUGUGGUCAUUGUCCAGGCAGACAAGCCCAGCUUUUUCACUGACCGUCGCAAGCCUUUCCGAAAACUGGAUGAGAAAGGUUCUCUCCACUGGGACCGUAUCACCCGCCUAGAAAAGGGCAAGAUCUAUCGGCAGGGAAACCUGUUUGACUUCCUGCGCCUGACAGAAUGGCGAGGCCCACGUGUGCUCUACUUUGGUGACCACCUUUACAGUGACUUAGCGGAUCUCAUGCUGCGGCAUGGCUGGCGCACAGGUGCCAUCAUCCCUGAGCUGGAGCGCGAGAUCCGCAUUAUCAACACGGAGCAGUAUAUGCACUCGCUGACCUGGCAGCAGGCGCUAACAGGACUGCUAGAGCGCAUGCAGACCUAUCAGGAUGCAGAGUCUCGGCAGGUUCUAGCUGCGUGGAUGAAGGAGCGGCAGGAGCUGAGGUGUAUCACCAAGGCUCUGUUCAACCCUCAAUUUGGGAGCAUAUUCCGCACCUUCCACAACCCCACCUAUUUCUCAAGGCGCCUGGUGCGCUUCUCGGACCUCUACAUGGCUUCCCUCAGCUGCCUGCUCAACUACCGCGUGGACUUCACCUUCUACCCGCGCCGCACACCCCUACAACAUGAGGCACCCCUCUGGAUGGACCAGCUCUGCACGGGCUGCAUGAAGACACCCUUCCUGGGAGACAUGGCACACAUCCGCUGAGGGUGCCUUUAUUGUCUCGGACAAACCCCCAGUCCUUCCUACACCAUCCACCUCGGGCAGCCAUCCAGACAAGCAAUAAAAUGGUCUCCUUCAUC